AUGGAGAACUCCAGCCUGUUGGGUGGCGACGCACAAAAUUCUGGCUUGAUAGACUUUCUUGCGUCGGACACUUUGAACCAAGUUUCUCCGGAGGACACUGCCAUGGCCGGAUUAGUGGCCAGCAGUGCCAUCUUCCUCGAGGGCAGCAAAUUCGGGACUGGGGCUGAGUUUAUGGCCGCUCUGCCGACGGAAUCCCCUCACCUGAUGCCUGCCUUUUGGGAUUCCCCGCUCAGUCACGGAAUCAAUGUGUUUGUGGGACUUGUUCUUUGCUUCACUAUGCUGGGGCUCGGCUGCACGGUGGACGUGAGCCAGCUUGGAGAACAUAUCCGCAGACCCAUCGGGGUGCUGCUGGCGCUGGUGUGUCAGUUCGUUAUCAUGCCCUUGGUGGCCUUUCUGUUGGCUUUAGCCUUCUCUCUGGAUGAUGUGGCAGCCAUGGCUGUUCUCCUCUGUGGCUGCUGCCCGGGAGGAAACUUAUCAAAUAUCAUGUCUCUACUGGUGCACGGGGAAAUGAAUCUAAGCAUCAUCAUGACCAUAUCUUCCACUAUGCUGGCGCUGGUGCUGAUGCCGCUGUGUCUGUGGAUCUACAGCCGGGCCUGGAUCAACACACCUGUGGUCAACCUCAUGCCCUUCGGGGCCAUCAUCCUGACCCUGUGCAGCACUCUCAUCCCCAUUGGGUUAGGAGUAAUGCUGAGGUACCGCUACACGCGUGUGGCCGACAUUGUUUUAAAGGCAUCUCUGUGGUCUCUGCUGGUCACCCUUGUGAUUCUGUUCAUCCUCACCGGAGCGAUGCUGGGGCCGGAGCUCCUGUCCACCAUCCCGCCCUCUGUCUACAUGGUGGCUGUCCUGAUGCCUCUGUGCGGCUACGCUGCAGGCUACGGCCUGGCCGUGCUCUUUGAACUGCCACCCAACUGCUGCAGGUCCGUCUCUCUGGAGACGGGAUGCCAGAACGUGCAGCUGUGCACCGCCAUCCUGAAGCUGGCCUUCCCCCCUCAGCUGAUGGGAGGGAUGUACAUGUUCCCUCUGCUGUACGCCCUGUUCCAAGCAGCCGAGGCUGGCAUUUUCAUCCUGGCCUACAAGAUGUACAGGAAGAAGGUCCUGCACAAACCAGACCCCAUGGGGGACGGCGAGGACACGGAUAUAACAUAUCAAAGGUUUCAGGAUGAGGACAUUGACUCAUCUUAUGGUGCCGUGACAGUGAGUGACCCAAACACCAUCAUGUUGGACCCCUGCCCUCCUGACCCAACUCCUGUUUAAUGUAAGAAGCAGUUCCCCACAGCAGGUGCAGGGGGGCAGAAUGAGAGCUGCUGGUGGAUCCAUCAUUCAGAAAGAAAACCUGGAGAACAGUGAGACUAUGCAGGGAAAUCCAGAAUGUUUAUCACUGACCUGACUGCAGAAAAAGGUGCUUUAUGUCAUAAGCUUCAUUCAUUCACUUUGACAAUGUCCAUUUCAUGUCUAAUAUGGGAUGAAAAAACAUCAACUGUGUUAAAACCCUUCUGUGUUACCCUGUGAAGUCAUUUGAUCAUCCGCCGAGCUUAACUUCAACCUGUGAAAGUAACAUUAAU